AUGUCGUUGUACAAAAAGUGCUUAAAGGACCUCCUCAUAAAAAAGGGAAAGUACAUCAACAGCGAAACCAUUAUGGUAGGAGAAAAUUGCAGUGCAGUAAUCCAGAAGCUACCUCCCAAGUUCAAAGAUUCAAGAAGCGUCACCAUCCCAUGCUCUAUUAGGAGUGUAUCCGUAGGUAAGGCUCUUAUUGACUUAGGAGCAAGUAUCAAUUUGAUGUCGCUUUCUAUGUGCAAGAGAAUAGGAAACCUGAAGAUUAAACCUACAAGGAUAACGCUCCAACUGGCAGACCACUCCAUCACAAGACCAGUUGGAGUGGUAGAAGACUUCUUGAUCAAAGUCCACCAACUCCCUUUUCCAGUGGACUUUUUAAUCAUGGACAUUGAAGAAGAUGUUGAGAUCCCCUUGAUUCUGGGUCGAUCGUUCAUGGUGACUGCAAAAUGUGUUAUGGACAUGGGAAAAGGCAACUUGGAGAUGAGUGUGGAAGACCAGAAAGCCACCUUCAACUUGUUUGAGGCAAGUAAGCACCCUAGUGAUAGCAAGACUUGUUUUAAGGUGGAGGAAAUUGAGCAAAAAGCUAACCUUACUUGGGGGCACCUGAAUUCUGUGUUUCUAGAAGAAGAUGAAGCCAAGCCAGUUGUGAAUCCUACAAACUCUUCUAGUAUCUUUUUGGGGCCAAAGCAGGCCAAGACCCGAACCACUCCAGACAUUCCACCAACUCCUCCAUCAGCGGUCCCUCCGCCAGAUGUCUCUCCUCCACCUAUCGGCCAAACUUCUAUACCUUUUUCUCAUCCGGAGCAACUUCUCCCUGUGUUGUAUAGCCUCUACCACAGCCAGUACCUACUUAUGUAG